GAGAUUCCCAUGAUGUAAGGGGCAAGUUCCUGAUUUGCUUGUUGCUGUGAGACAACCCUAAACUGCAGCUGAGUGAGCGAGUUUCUUGUUUUUUUUUUCCUCCUUGUUUUGGAAAUCGUUACUAGUUACAGAAACAGCCAUCUGCAGGUGUUUGUAAUGCAACCUAAUAUGUCUGGUGCUUGGAGCUGACACAGCUGGUGCCGAAAUUCUUUUGGGAACAUAACAGACUACCACGUUCACAGGAAGUUGAAGACAUCUGAGAAAGUGGCUUUGGCUUCAUCCAUAUCUGCAAAAAAAAGAGACCACCAUCUGAAACAGCCACGCACUAUAAUAGCUGCCAUGGCAAGCAAAAGGAAGUCAACAACUCCAUGUAUGGUGCGAACCUCAGAAGUAAUGGAGCAGGAAGUUCCUGAGGAUGGAGAAGCCCUUAAGGAAAGGAGUGCAGGCAUCUCACAGCAGGACUCUAAAGAUGGCUGGGUGGCUGAUACAGAAAGCUCUGUAAAAGAUUGUGAGGUGGUAGAGGGGAAACCUCCAGUUGAGAGUCAAUCUAAGAAGCUGCAAGGUGGUUAUGAAUGUAAAUACUGUCCUUACUCAACACAAAACUUAAAUGAAUUUACAGAGCAUGUUGACACUCAGCACCCAAAUGUCAUUCUCAACCCUCUCUAUGUGUGCGCUGAAUGUAACUUUACAACCAAAAAAUAUGACUCCUUAUCUGACCAUAACACAAAAUAUCACCCAGGAGAGAAUAAUUUUAAACUUAAAUUAAUCAAACGCAAUAAUCAAACUGUGUUAGAACAAUCCAUUGAGACAACAAAUGAUGUCCCUAUUGCAAACAGCGGCCUAGAAAAUGCGGAGUGUGAUGAAUCCCUUCAUGGUGGGAUCAGUGUAAGUAAAACCCCAAUCAUGAAAACAGGAAAACCAAAAGUGGAGACCAAAAAGGGCCCCAAGAAGCUGGAAGAGGGAGCUAUGGAAAACCAUGUGGAUGGGCACCUCCCCCAAGUCAUUACAGAAACCACCGAAUCUAUUGCUUGUAUCAAUGGAGCUGACCUGCUGCAUGACGUAUUGGCUCAUGUUAUGCCUUCUGUACAGCUGCCACCAAAUAUCAACCUUGUCCCCAAGGUCCCGGUCCCUCUGAACAGCACCAAAUACAAUUCUGCAUUGGACACUAAUGCAACCAUGAUCAACUCCUUUAAUAAAUUCCCUUACCCAACACAAGCAGAGUUGUCAUGGUUGACAGCAGCAUCAAAGCACCCAGAGGAGCAAAUCAGGAUCUGGUUUGCUACCCAGCGUUUGAAGCAUGGCAUAAGUUGGUCCCCCGAAGAGGUAGAAGAGGCAAGGAAGAAGAUGUUUAAUGGUACCAUCCAGCCAGUACCUCAAACAAUCACAGUAUUGCCAGCACCUCUGACAACUGCAAAAAUGUCUCAGCCAAUCAUCCAGACUGCUUUGCCCUGCCAGAUACUGGGACAGACUGGCCUGGUUUUGACUCCAGUGUCAAAUGGAUCGACAGUUUCCUGCUCACCAAUUACACUUGCUGUUGCUCCUAAUCAAGGACAGAAACGGACAACACAAAACCUACCGGGCGCUCCAGAAUCCAAGCGCCCACAUGUAGUUCAGGUGCCUGAGGUAACGACCAAGGCAAACGCCGCAUCGUUGACACCAACAAAUGAGCGAAAAAAGACCAAGGAGCAGAUAGCAGAGCUAAAGGCCAGCUUUAUCAUGAGCCAGUUUCCUAACGAUGCAGAAGUCUAUAGGCUAAUAGAAGUUACGGGUCUCUCCAGGAGUGAGAUCAAGAAGUGGUUCAGUGAUCACAGGUACAGAAGUCAAAGGGGCAUUGUUCACAUCACUAGCGAAUCCUUAGCGAAAGAUCAGUUAGCAAUUGCAGCUGCACGCCAUGGGCGUACAUACCGCACAUACGCAGAUUUCACCACCCAGAGGUUCAAAGAGAAAACACAAGAGCAGCUUAGAAUCCUGGAAGACAGUUUCCUUAGAAGUUCUUUUCCGACCCAAGGAGAACUGAACAGGCUUAGGACAGAAACCAAGCUGAGCAGAAGAGAGAUCGAUAGCUGGUUUUCUGAGAGGAGAAAGCUAAGGGAUAGCAUGGAGCAAGCUGUCUUAGACUCAAUGGGCUCAAACAAAAAAAACAAGGAUCGAGGCACCCACAAUGGUACAAUAAGCCAGAGUGAGCUGCUGAAUAGCUCCCACCUACCCAGUUCGCUAUCUGGAUCUUCCAUAGCAUUUAAUGAAAAAACCCAAGAACAAAUUCAUCUACUGAAGAGCACAUUUGCAAGAACCCAAUGGCCAUCACCGCAGGAGUAUGACCAGUUAGCAGCACAAACUGGGCUCACUAGAACUGAAAUAGUCCGCUGGUUCAAGGAGAACAGAUCCUCUCUAAGAAUGGGGACAUUAAAAUGGAUUGACCAGUAUCAGCAGCAGUAUGUUGUUGAUGGUCAUAAUGAGCAAAGCCAGAAAAAGGGAUCAAAACGCACUGAGAGUCCAAAGAAUGGUAACGAGAUGUCUCGGCAGCAUUACCAGGAGCAUAAAAGGCUGAAUGAAGAGAAUGUGGGUAAACUAGUGGUGAGGUCUAAAAGAGACUGUGAACCACUGAGAGACUCUUUGUUAGGGAACCAGACUGAGGGCAUGGACAGAUUGGAGUGCCAUAGUCAAGAUGGUCAUGCUAGUGAGGAGAACGAGGAGACUGGAGAUGUGAACUGGGUGGAGGUGACAGUAGGGGAUGACGACGCUGUCUCAGACUGUACAGACAGCUGGAGUCAAGCAGCACCUGAAGGCCAAGCAGAGUUGGCAGAUUUUGAUUCUGAAAGUAUAUCUGGAGACAAUUCCCACCUUUAGACAGGUAAUGAUGAUACCGCUCUGCUUUGGUCUGAGCUGCCUUCAAUCUUGGCAAGUUUCAGUGGCCACUGAGUUUUCAAUUUAAAUGCUAGCAGCAGGCUCCUGAGGCAUGCUGGAUAUGAGCUGGAUACUUGAGUGCAGGAGAGCUGGUCCUAAGUGUUCAGUACGGGAGGGAUUCAGAGCAGGGUUUUUAGUUUCUCUCUAAGAGGUCCCUUCUGGCCCUGCUUCUCUAUGAUUCUGUGCAUUUGGGCGUUUCGCAUGUCCUGGAUGAGAGAGGAUGUUUGGAAUCACUUAUUAAGCAGAAACUUUCUGCCUUUAUUUGACCUCGCAUAAGCUCUUUAGAGCUUGGUACAAAGUAUACUGAUCAAGCCAUACAAAGAAAAAGUAGGUAACCAUAGUUACUAAUGUCCAUCUUACUCACAUAAUGAUGAUCUCCAGCGAAUAAAGGCCAUAGCUAUUUUUCCAACAGGUCACCAUGGAUUUUGGCAGUGAAGCAGCCUGACCUGCUCUGUGAAGAGGUCGGGCUUCAGCGACAGGGCCCGGUACAACAAUUCUCUCUUAUGCAAUAGCAAACAACAGAAUAUUGUUAUAGAUUGAAAUGGCAUGUGCAAGAGAACACCCUUUCUGCGGGGUGAGGGUGCUUUCUCCACCCUUUCUACUGUUAAAGGUAUAUAUACAGACCAAGGAGAGACGUGCUGUUUGAAGUGCUUUAAAUGCCUUUAAAGCAGGGGCGGGCAAUUAUUUUGGGCAGAGGGCCGCUUAUUGAGUUUCAGCAAGCCAUCAAGGGCUGUAUGACAGGCAGCCCAGGGCAGAUUAAUAUUAAUUUUCUAAAUUUUUUAGGGUCCCCGCAGGCUGGAUAGAAUGGCCUGGUGGGCCGCAUUUUGCCCACCCCUGCUUUAAAGAGUUAGCAACAGCAAGGGUACAGACACUUGCACCCAAUGAAGUGCUUCAAAAGAGCCAAAGCAAUUUAAAUCUGCAAAAAAAUUGAAACAUCUUUGAAGCGCUUCUUGAAAAGUCUGUGUCCUCCAGCUGUGUCCCACAGUGCCCGACUCCUCACCUCACCUCACCCCCUAUAGGAGUGGGGAAGAGAAGGGUGGACAGCCAAUUUGCAGUCUCCUGCGUGCUUAGCUGUCGUGGGAACCUCUAGAGACCAGAGCUAAGAGGCAUUCAGGGAUUCCUGCUCUGCAGUCCCCGUAUGCCUUCAUGACCAUUUUGAAAUGCUCCCAGGGGGAGGGAACAUGAAGGAGUGGAGCCAGAGGGUGCAGCAGCACAGUCCUACCCCUUUUUGGCAAUGGUGCAUGUGAGCUGUCUGUGUGGGGUCUGUCAGGGAACCCCGACUUCCAUAUAACUCACGAGCCCUGGGGGUGAGCACUGCCACUUAUACCCCUCUUUUCCCUACUUCUGAAUUCUGCGGAGAGGGUGAGGAAGGGGAAGGAUUAACAGCAGGCAGAACAACCCUCACCCUCCACAACCAAUGAAAACAAGGGCUCUGGCCAGACCCUGCAUCGAGCAGUUGCUAAAAAUGUGCAUAUGAGAUCUCAAAGUUUAAAAAGGUGCGUCAUUUAAAGUCUUGGAAUCCAUUUCUGAUCUCAGUUCUAUCAGAAUAAUUCAAUUGACUUCCUGGGCUUAAACAUACUCUUGAAGUCACUGACAUCUCUGAAAACUUACCCUGGUACAACUGAGAUGAGAAUCUGUUUCUUCAACUGGAUCCUCCUUCACUUAUCUAGCAGACUAUUUGAUAAGUACUACACUUGAUUAGAUAAUGCCUGUUUUGGAAAUAAUUAACAGUGCUCUGAUCCUUAAUAAAUGGAACCCACAUGAAAGUUUAACGUGCAAAAUUCAGCAUAUACUUAAAAAUAUGCAACACAUCUCUCCAAGGUAGGAGACUGAAAUGAGAACAAUCUAGUUUUUUAAACCUGUUUAAAACUAUCCUUUUUGUAAAAUGAAAUAACCUCAGCAUUGCAAGCAAAAAUUGUAAGGUGCCACAGGUAUAUGCAACACCCCUUAUUACAGGAAAUCAUGAAUCAAAUUUUCUGAAUCACAAGUACCUCAAAGCAAGAAAACAAGAUCCAUAUGCUGCCUAUGCAUAUAGAUUGGUCAAGGAAGGGACUGUAGGUGCAUUGUGGGACUGCAUUGUAAUGAGUAACUGGAACAGACACCUUACUCAUGCUUUUCAGGCCCACUCACAAUGCAGCGAUGUAGCAUAUGUUAGAGCUGAGUUUUCUGAGUAAGAGUAUUUGGAACAGCACUAGCAACAUUGCUACUACCACUGCAGCAACUUUUGCUUUGGAGAUGUUCUUUGUGCCACAGAGAUUUGCUUGUGUGGGUUUCUCUUUCCUCCAACAUCUUCUGUGUUUCCACCAGUUUACCCUUUUUUGCCAGAAAGUUUCAAAGGAGUGCUAGUAAAAGAAGCAUACGUUUUGACAAAAAAGGAGUUCCCUGUUACACUGGGAUCAGGUUAGUAGGAGCUUCACCUAUUAGAUUAUUCAAGACAAUAAAACUUUGCUCUGAGUCUCACUCCAUUUGUAGCACAUUGGGUAAAGCCUGACGCUCUUAAUCUGUUUUGUUUUCCUUCACACAAAUUAUACUCCUGUAGCACUCAAAAUGUAAGUGCCUGCCCUCUAGUGACAGAAUCUGAACCUUUGACACACUUGGCACUGUCUGCUUGUCUCAAAGUACUGUACUGCUAGUAUUGUUCUGGUAGCCUCUGAACUAUUACUGCAAGCCCUGGAAAGUCCACACAAAGAACCCAGAGAUGCAAGAGGAUGAUGAAGGUCAUCUAUCAACUAUUUCAAGUGGGGGUAGAAAGACAGUAAUUGUUCAGGUCUGUUUUUUUCCCUGCUGAAAAACAAUUUGAAAAGUCUCCAUUUGAAAUGAAGAAUUAAAAUGUUUUGUACAAUUUAUUUUUAUACUGAACCUAAUGAUUCUAAGUUACGUAUUAAUAGGUCAGAUGUUUAUGUCAGUCGUAGCAGUGUAAAUUCCAGGCAGUGGGAUUUCCGUGUCCUUCUGGCAGCACACAACAGCAAUUUAGGGUAGAAACUGAAGAUUAACGCUGUAUCUAGUGAACCUGAAAGGGAAUUUUUGAUAGGCUGAGUAUUACUAUCCAAAGUAGAAUUUGCCCAAGCCUCCUGCAGGUCUCGAGCAAAAGAUUGAUCCUUCCAGCAUUCAAGCAGUCAACAGCAGGCUGGAAAGUCUGUUUUGGACUGACUUGGAAUGGAAAAUGCUGCCUGGUAGGAGCUGAUAAUGGGGAAACAGAUGAGGUUUUCUAGUUCGUGCUUUGGAACCUUAGAAAAGCUCCAGUCAUUACAUGAAAUGCUUAUAGCUGAAGUCAUGCAAAUGUACAACUUUGCUAUUUCCAUUGUUGUUGUUUAACAAUGGCAUUGUUAAGUAAUUAACUUAGUGUUGCUAUGUAUAUUGUAGUAAUGUGCAGGACUGAGAGGGACCAGUCCACUAUGUCCAAAAGACAUCCUGUUGAGGAUGACACCCAGAAAUCAAAUUUUGUAGUGAGAAAUUUCUAAGGUCUGUUUGGGAAGGAGGUUGCUGGAGACCAGGGAUGGCAGACUUCCCCAUGUAGCUACGAGUUAGCUUAGGGUUUCAGGUCCAAAGAAGUCCAAAAUUCCCAGCUAAACUUCUCUUUGUGAAUCCACUGGGUUAUCUUCUACCUGUCAUCAGAAGGCAGUGGUUUCUGCACAGCUGCUUGUAAAGCCUAAGAAGUCUGUGUUUGGGGGCAUGCUUGAAGCUCAACUUACGUUUUGUAUUCCAGGUUCAGGAAUCCUGGCAGCUGAAUACAUACAAGCGGCUUUGUUGUGAACUUGUUUUGCUCUCUGAAUCCACAGUGCAAGUCCAUGUUUGUCAUUACUUAGAGAAAUUUUUGCAAUAAACUAAGGACAACCAAGCUCAGAAAAA